AUUCAAAGUCGUCAUGGGGAACCGGGGGAUGGAAGACCUGAUUCCCCUCAUUAACAAACUGCAGGACGCGUUCAGCUCCAUCGGUCAGAGCUGCAAUCUGGAGCUGCCGCAGAUCGCUGUGGUGGGCGGCCAGAGCGCGGGGAAGAGCUCGGUGCUGGAGAACUUUGUGGGCAGGGAUUUUCUCCCAAGAGGAUCUGGGAUUGUUACUCGCAGACCACUUAUUCUCCAGCUGGUAAACAGCAAAGCAGAAUAUGCCGAGUUCUUGCACUGUAAGGGUCGCAAGUUUGUGGACUUUGAUGAGGUUCGGUUGGAGAUUGAAGCAGAGACGGAGCGAAUUACAGGCUCCAAUAAAGGAAUUUCACCAGUUCCCAUCAACUUGCGUGUUUACUCACCAAACGUUUUGAAUCUCACGCUGAUAGACCUUCCUGGCAUGACUAAGGUUGCAGUUGGAGACCAACCAGUAGACAUUGAGUAUCAGAUCAGAGACAUGUUGCUGCAGUUUAUUUCCAAGGAGAACUGCCUAGUUCUUGCUGUCACACCCGCCAACACUGAUCUCGCCAAUUCAGACGCCUUAAAAAUGAGCAAGGAGGUCGAUCCCCAGGGUCUUCGCACCAUCGGUGUCAUCACCAAACUGGAUCUAAUGGAUGAAGGAACAGACGCCAGAGAUAUCCUAGAAAACAAACUACUGCCUCUACGCAGAGGUUAUAUUGGUGUGGUGAACCGCAGUCAGAAGGACAUCGACGGGAGAAAAGAUAUUCGCGCCGCACUGGGAGCGGAGAGGAAGUUCUUUCUUUCUCAUCCUGCGUACAGACACAUGGCCGAGAGAAUGGGCACACCAUACCUGCAAAUAACACUCAACCAGCAACUGACGAAUCACAUUCGAGACACACUGCCGGCGCUGCGCAGUAAACUUCAGAGUCAACUGCUGUCUUUAGAGAAGGAAGUGGAUGAGUACAAGAACUACAAACCUGAUGAUCCAACACGCAAGACUAAAGCUCUACUACAGAUGGUUCAGCAGUUCGGGGUGGACUUCGAGAAGCGGAUCGAGGGUUCUGGAGAUCAGGUGGACACGCUUGAACUCUCUGGCGGAGCGCGCAUCAACCGCAUCUUUCAUGAACGCUUUCCUUUUGAGCUUGUCAAGAUGGAGUUUGAUGAGAAGGAGCUGAGAAGAGAGAUCAGUUACGCAAUAAAAAACAUUCAUGGUGUCAGGACGGGGCUGUUCACACCUGAUCUGGCAUUUGAGGCUAUAGUGAAAAAGCAGGUGAUCAAGCUGAAGGAGCCGUGUUUGAAAUGUAUUGAUCUGGUGAUUCAGGAGCUGAUCAAUACAGUCAGACAGUGUACACGGAAGUUGAACUCGUAUCCUCAACUAAGAGAAGAGACGGAGAGAAUCGUCACCACCUACAUCAGAGAGAGAGAGAGCAAGACCAAAGACCAGGUGAUGCUGCUGAUAGACAUCGAGCUCUCGUACAUUAACACAAACCACGAGGACUUCAUCGGCUUUGCUAACGCUCAGCAGAGAAGCGCGGCAGUCACUAAGAAGAGAGCCAUGCCCAACCAGGUGAUCAGAAGGGGUUGGCUGACGAUCAACAUUAGCAUCAUGAAGGGCGGCUCGAAAGAUUAUUGGUUCGUUCUGACGGCCGAGUCCUUCUCCUGGUACAAAGAUGAGGAGGAGAAAGAGAAGAAGUUCAUGCUCCCUCUGGAUAAUCUGAAGAUCAGAGAUGUGGAGAAAGGGUUCAUGUCCACCAAACACACCUUUGCCAUCUUCAACACCGAGCAGAGGAACGUGUAUAAAGAUCUCCGUCAGAUUGAGUUAGCCUGCGACUCUCAGGAGGACGUGGACAGUUGGAAAGCCUCUUUUCUGCGAGCGGGAGUCUAUCCUGAGAAGGAUCAGGCGGAGAACGAGGACAGCGUGCCGGCCGACUCUAUCUCCAUGGACCCUCAGCUGGAGAGGCAGGUGGAGACCAUCCGUAACCUGGUGGAUUCUUACAUCGGCAUCGUCAACAAAAGCAUCAGAGACCUCAUGCCCAAAACCAUCAUGCACCUCAUGAUCAACAGCGCGAAGGAGUUCAUUUACUCGGAGCUGCUGGCGUAUCUCUACUCGUCUGCAGACCAGAACAGUCUGAUGGAGGAGUCCGCAGAACAGGCACAGCACAGAGACGAGAUGUUGCGUAUGUAUCACGCUCUCAAAGAGUCUCUACACAUCAUCGGUGACAUCAGCACCAGUACGGUGUCUGUUCCUUUACCGCCCCCUGUGGACGACACCUGGAUACAGAGUGACCCCAGUCCUCCACCUCAGCAUAAGCCGUCAGUAAGUGCUCCGCCUCCUGGUCGACCUCCUGCGGUGCGAGGCCCCACCCCUGGUCCUCCUGCCCCUCCUCCUAAUAACCCCACCCUUGGAUUUGCAUUUCCACCUGUGCCAACCCGGCCCGGACCACCUCCUGUCAACUCUAAUACUUAUGGGACGCUGGAGCCGUUUGCUCCACCCCCUCUGGUUCCAUCACGACCUGCCCGCGUGCCGCCCGCUCUGCCUCCUGGCAUACCCAGCAGGAGACCACCGGCAGCUCCCAACAGACCCACUAUAAUCAGACCAUCAGAACCGUCUCUACUGGACUGAAGACCUCAGACUUCCACAUACUAAAACCAAAGAGCAACGCACGCACACACAUCAUUGUUUACAACAUCUCAUUGCCUCGUGUUUACGUAACAAUCAUUCACAUUUUAAACAACAUACAUGUGUAUGUAGAAAUUGUAACCUGUCGCGAACAGCACAUCAUUAACUUGAUUUAAGUCCAUUUAUUUCAUAUUCAGCCUUUGACUGACACAGCAAAACAGUGUUAAACUUGACUGAACAGUAAUGACGAAUCUUUAAUCCUUUAGUCUGACACUCCAUUUCUUAUUAUUUCUCUAUAUACACUUUAAUAUUUAUAUAUGAUGACAACAGACACUAUAUUCAAUUUGGUAAUCGUACAGUGUAACGGCAUUACUGUAACACACCAACAUCUCAAGUCUCACGUUUAUUAAUCUACUGAGUUUUAAAACCUCAAACACUAUCAUUUUCGCAACUUUCUCUACGAAUCCACCAUUUUGCCUUAAGCUGUUUAAUUAAAUACUACUCUAAUAUAUCUAUUUGUUGUUUAUGUGAUCUGCAAAAAUCUGCUUCUUUGAGUAUUUUUGCCUCGUUUACAAGUAAAAAUAAAAUCGCUUUAUUGUUAUUCAUGUUUAUAUUCUGUAUUUUCAUUGCUUGUCUUUUUUUACUUCUGUCAUUUUGACAUCUGCAGGCUAGUGAACAAACUUUAACGAUGAUUGAUUUAAUUGCCUGAAAUAACUGGUAUAUAAAAGAGAAUAAACUUUUUGCAAUUUCCA